AAGCCAGAACUGUCAGGUGUGCACACAUGUGAGCCGCCCUUGCAGGAGCCAGAACUGUCAGGUGUGCAUACAUGUGAGCCGCCCUUGCAGGAGCCAGAACUGUCAGGUGUGCACACAUGUGAGCCGCCCUUGCAGGAGCCAGAACUGUCAGGUGUGCACACAUGUGAGCCGCCCUUGCAGAAGCCAGAACUGUCAGGUGUGCACACAUGUGAGCCGCCCUUGCAGGAGCCAGAACUGUCAGGUGUGCACACAUGUGAGCCGCCCUUGCAGGAGCCAGAACUGUCAGGUGUGCACACAUGUGAGCCGCCCUUGCAGGAGCCAGAACUGUCAGGUGUGCACACAUGUGAGCCGCCCUUGCAGGAGCCAGAACUGUCAGGUGUGCACACAUGUGAGCCGCCCUUGCAGGAGCCAGAACUGUCAGGUGUGCACACAUGUGAGCCGCCCUUGCAGGAGCCAGAACUGUCAGGUGUGCACACAUGUGAGCCGCCCUUGCAGGAGCCAGAACUGUCAGGUGUGCACCAGUUGCCUAGAGCAGCAGACCUCACAUCCCCAGCUAGAGCAGCAGACCUCACAUCCCCAGCUAGAGCAGCAGACCUCACAUCCCCAGCUAGAGCAGCAGACCUCACAUCCCCAGCUAGAGCAGCAGACCUCACAUCCCCAGCUAGAGCAGCAGACCUCGCAUCCCCAGCUAGAGCAGCAGACCUCACAUCCCCAGCUAGAGCAGCAGACCUCACAUCCCCAGCUAGAGCAGCAGGCCUCACAUCCCCAGCUAGAGCUGCAGACCUCACAUCCCCAGCUAGAGCAGCAGACCUCACAUCCCCAGCUAGAGCAGCAGGCCUCACAUCCCCAGCUAGAGCAGCAGACCUCACAUCCCCAGCUAGAGCAGCAGACCUCACAUCCCCAGCUAGAGCAGCAGACCUCACAUCCCCAGCUAGAGCAGCAGACCUCACAUCCCCAGCUAGAGCAGCAGACCUCACAUCCCCAGCUAGAGCAGCAGACCUCACAUCCCCAGCUAGAGCAGCAGACCCCACAUCCCCAGCUAGAGCAGCAGACCUCACAUCCCCAGCUAGAGCAGCAGACCUCACAUCCCCAGUAUUGUCUGGGAAGUUGCGAGGUACGCCGCGCACGAUGCUCGUACGUGCACCACGUACUUAG